AUGGUCUCACGAACGCCGACUCUGAGUAAUUUGCCCCCCGAGUGUGUGGAGGAAAUCAUGGAAUACCUCGACCUUGAUGCCCUUAAAGCCUUGCGUCUGAGCAGCCGCGAACUUUGCAUAGACUCCACUGGCCCUCGCUUCAAGAAGUUUAUUAGCUGCCAGACAAUGGAAGUGACCAAAAUCGCUCUUAUGUCAUUUCGAGAGUUGGCCGUGCACCCUCUUGGUGCCGCUGUUAAAAACCUGAAGAUUAUGGCCACCGUCUAUGAUCAAACUUUACAGCUAAAAGUUCUCAACACUAGGGAGAACAACACUACCGAUGAGGUGCCACCCCUCUCGCAAGCUCAGGACGAUUUGGCCUGGCUUCAAUCCCAGCAACAGGGCCAAGAUGAAGUAUCGUACGACGAAGCAGUUGAUCAUCUCGCUUUCUGUCUAGGGCAUUUCCGGACGCUGGAUCAUAUUGAGCUUGAUGCUGUCCUUGUCCAGGGCCCUAGCACUAUUAUGGCUACCGACACUGGACAGACCAACUGGUAUCCGGUAUGGACGCGGGCGUCGCGUAUCUACUGUAUGACAAUGGAGGCCAUCGCUUCAAGUGGGGUUGGACCAAAGAGCUUGACUGUCUACCAAGCGACGCCGAGGUGUAGUGUUCCGCUAUACGAUAUCGCAGCCAAUAUUGAAAUGCUUUAUUCAGCCAAUUUGAAGAAUGCCGGCAAAUGCAUCGAGAAUGUUGCCCUCAGUAUCUCGACUAAGGUUGCCACCGGCGCAACAGAAAGACCACCCCGAGCCCCUGUGGCAUGUCAUGACAUGCCAUAUGAUAAAGGACCCUUCUCAGCUGCGUCUAUUAGCUCACUUGGCGAGGACAAAUUUCUUGAAGUAGAGAAAUUUGAUGGACUUGCGCGGUUUCUUGAAAUCACGCCAAAUCUCAAAACGCUUGAGAUUCACUUCUACCAAACGCUACUUAAGCCACGUACUCAAUACCAGCUGAUGUUCAACACGGUCGCAAAUGAAAUCCGUCUACCUUUGCUUCGACAAUGUAGCCUACGUGGCAUCACCACCAGAGAAGAUUCUUUGCUCCAGUUCCUUUCCAAUCAUUCACAGAUCACUGAUCUCACCCUGAGCCAAGUUUCCCUCGCCCCUGAGGAGACCUGGGGAUCUAUUUUCACGCAUCUUAGCCGGAAAAUGCCUCAUCUUGAACGCCUUCACCUCUCGACCUUGAGAUUGGGAAAUAAUAGUAUGAUUAAUCUGCAUCCCGUCUGGGAAGAUCAUUCCAAAGAACUCGAAGAGAAUUCACGCAGUGGGAUCUAUUUUGUCCAUACGAAGGUGUUCAAUGCAGAUGAUCUCCGCAAGGGACUCGAGUUUUGGCCGAUGCCAGUGGCUUCGAUGCAAGGAUCCCAAAGCGCUAGCUUGUGGAUUUUAUCUGUGAAGAAAGAGUAUGGGCCCCCAUGGUCGAACAGAGAGGGUAUAAGCAUGAUAUAA